AUGGUUAAUUUUCUGAUUCUUCGGUUGGGGCGGCACUUUUUAAUUCUCUCAUCUUUAUUGUGUUUACUGUUGCCGACGCCACCGCCGCCGUCGACACCAACACCGCUUCCGCCGUCACCUUCAUCGCAACGCUGGAGGAAAUUAAAUCACCAUCACCAUAAUCAUUCUCAUCAUCUCAUUACCAUCUCUCUCUCUCUCGCUUUUCUCUCUCUCUCUCUCUUUCGCCAUCUUAUCUCUCUCAUUCUCUCUUUUCUUUUCCCUCUUACUCUUUCUCCCACUCUUUCUAUUUGUCUUUUCUCUCUUACUUUUUCUUUCUUACUCUCUUUCUCUCUCGCUUUUCACACUUUCUUUUCUCUUCCUAUUUCCCUCACACUCUUUCUUUCUCAUUCUCUCUUUAUUUCUCUCUCUUUUUCUGUCUCUUUCUCUCUCACUCUUUCUUUCUUUCUCUUUUUCUGUUUUCUCUAUAUUUCUCUCUCUUCUAGUUUUUUGUUCUUUUUUCUUCUUUCUGUUUUAUUGUAUUUUCUUCUUCACCUGUUCUUUUUUUCUUCCUCUUUCUUUAAAAAUUUGAAAAUCUUUCUUCCAAUUUUUCUUUUCUUGCAUUUUAAGCCGCUCAUUAUUCUUUCGAUAUCUCGUUUCAUCUUCUUCUUCUUCUUCUUCUUCUUCUUCUUCUUCUUCUUCUUCUUCUUCUUCUUCUUCUUCGUGGCUCGCAUUAAGUUCUUUUUCGCUUUUGCUUUCUUUUGCUACUUACAUUUUUUUAAAAUUCUCUUUCUUCUUCUUCACCACUUUCUCCCUUUUUUUCUUCUUCUUUUUAGAACGCCUUUCUUCUCUUCUUCUUCUUCAUCAUCAUCUUCUUCUUCUCAUCCUCCUCCUCCUUCCGCUUUUUCAUCCUCCUUCUUCCACCACUUCUUUUUUUGUUCUUCUUCCUCUUCUCCUUCUUCCUUCUUUCUUCCUCCCGUACUUCUUUAUCUUGUUCUUAUUCAUCUCCUCCUCCUCUUCUUUUUCUUCUCGUUCUUCUUCUUCACUUGCUCUUCUUCUUCUUCUUCUUUUUCUUCUUCUUCUUCUUCUUUUUCUUCUUUUUCUUCUUCUUCUUCUUCCUUUUUCAAGGGAUUUUCCUUAAAAUAUUCUCUUUUUUCAACUUUGCCUUUUAUUGUAUAUAUAAAAAUCUCAAUCCGUGUUGCUAAUUUUUCUUUAAUUGCUCUCCCCUUUAUGUGCUCUCCCUUUUGUCUGCUCUCCCCUUUAUGUGCUCUCCUCUUUAUGUGCUCUCCCUUUUGUCUGCUCUCCCCUUUAUGUGCUCUCCCUUUAUGUGCUCUCCUUUUAAAUGCUCUCCUUUUAUGUGCUCUCCCCUUUAGGUGCUCUCCCCUUUAUGUGCUCUCCCUUUUGUCUGCUCUCCCCUUUAUGUGCUCUCCUCUUUAUGUGCUCUCCCUUUUAAAUGCUCUCCCUUUUAUGUGCUCUCCCCUUUAG